GUGCUGCUGCGCAACAGGCAGGUGAAGAACACCACCAACCUCUUCAUCCUCAACCUGGGGGUGGCCGACCUCUGCUUCAUCCUCUUCUGUGUCCCCUUCCAAGCCACCAUCUACACCCUGGAGGGCUGGGUGUUCGGGCCCUUCAUGUGCAAGGCCGUCCACUUCUUCAUCUACCUCACCAUGUAUGCCAGCAGCUUCACCCUGGCCACCGUCUCCCUCGACAGGUAUUUGGCCAUACGAUACCCCUUGCACUCAAGGGAGCUGAGGACACCCAGAAAUGCCCUCACAGCCAUCUGCUUCAUCUGGGGGCUUUCCUUCAUCUUCUCGGGCCCUUACCUCAGCUACUACCAGGAGUUCCAGUUGGCCAACCUGACCGUCUGCCACCCCAUCUGGGAGAUCUCCCAGCGCAAGGUCAUGGACAUCUGCACCUUCAUCUUCAGCUACAUCAUCCCAGUGCUGAUCCUGAGCCUCACGUACGUGCGGACUAUUCGCUAUCUGUGGAGGUCUGUGGACCCUCUCCAAGACAUGUCAGAGUCCAAGAAGGCCAAGCGGAAGGUCACCAGGAUGAUCAUCAUUGUAGCCAUCCUGUUCUGCCUCUGUUGGCUGCCCCAUCACCUGGUCAUCCUGUGCGUCUGGUUUGGGUACUUUCCCCUCAAUCACGCCACGUACGUGCUCCGCAUCCUCUCGCAUCUCAUCUCCUACGCCAACUCCUGCGUGAACCCGAUCGUCUACGCCCUGGUCUCCAAACACUUCCGCAAGGGCUUCAAGAGGAUCUUCAUCUGCCUCUUGCACAAGAAGGCAGCCAACAAAGUGCAUGUGGCCCAAGUGACAAACACCGUCAGCAUGUUGGGGGCAGAGCUCAGCGAGGUGACCCACACCAGCGAAGCCCUGCCCGGCCACUCCUCCCUGCGCUGCAAGGUCCCAGCCCAGCCCUGGGGGGAGGCAGAGCCGGUGGGACAUGAGCAGAAAGCAGAUGGCUCCUUCAUCACCUUCAAUGUCACCUAG